AUGGUGGUGAGUCAUACUCCUCCUAUGAGCAAGCAAGAUCACUCUAUUUUGGAUCACCUUAACGACGAUGGGGUGCCUUUUUACGAGGCUUUUGCUCAUAACUAUCGGUUGGAAGAUGUUGUUAGAAAGCCUGCAGAUGUCAAUAAAAAAUUCCUCCCAAUUACUGUUGAAGAUGGAUCAUUACUGCCUGAUUCAGCCUUAUAUCCCCUGCUUGUUCAAGUCACUUUUUUUGAGUGUGGAGGUAUGGCUAUUGGUAUAUGUGCUUCUCAUAAAAUUGCUGAUCGUGCCACGUUGUGCACCCUCAUCAGCGCCUGGUCAACAAUUGCUCGAGGUAGCCCCGAUUAUCUGGUGCCAGAAUUUGUUGCAGCUGCUAAAUUCUUGCCACCACCAAUUCCCCAUGUUCUAUCCAAGCCUAUUAUGCCUGAAGUACUAAUCAAAGUCUUUUUUGAUAAGCAACGUGUCACUAAAUUUUUUGCCUUUGAUGCUUCUACUAUAGCAUCACUCAAGGCUAAGGCUGUCAGCGAUUCAGUACAAGGCCUACUCGCGUUGAAGUAG